AUGCAACUUGGCAAAUCUGGGCUCAAGGUAUCCAAGAUCAUCUUAGGAUGUAUGUCAUAUGGCAGUAGUGAGUGGCAGAGUUGGGUUCUGAAUGAGAAAGACGCUCUGCCUCUCCUCAAGCAUGCCUAUGAUAAAGGUAUCAAUACUUGGGAUACAGCUGACAUCUACUCUCAUGGCCGUUCCGAAGAGAUCAUUGGUAAAUUCCUUCGGCAGGAACAGAUCCCUCGUGACCGUGUCGUUAUUAUGACUAAAUUUUACUUUGGCGUGGACGACCAAGGUCGGCAGCCACCCAACCGCGCAACGAUUCAUAAUGACGGUCAGGAAUGGGUCAAUCGUGUUGGACUGUCAAGAAAACACAUUUUUGACGCGGUCGAGGCAAGCGUCAGGAGACUUGGAACAUACAUAGACGUUUUGCAGAUCCAUAGGUUAGAUCGUGAUACUCCCCGAAAGGAGAUUAUGAAAGCCCUUAAUGAUGUUGUUGAGAGCGGGAAGGUGCGAUAUAUCGGUGCGAGCUCGAUGGCGGCAUGGGAAUUCCAGUCAUUGCAGAAUAUCGCCCUGCAGAACGGAUGGCAUCAGUUCAUCUCCAUGCAGAAUUUACACAACCUCAUUCACCGUGAAGAAGAACGUGAGAUGAUCCCGUACUGUCUUGACACUGGUGUCGGGCUCAUUCCUUGGUCACCUUUGGCACGAGGUGUUCUAGCAAGGCCGUGGGACUCUCGAUCCACCAUCCGCGAGACUACUGAUACGAGUCUCAAAAGUAUCAUCCGGGAUCGGGAGUCUUUAGCCGAUAAAUCCAUUAUUGAUCGAGUAGAGGAGGUCGCGCGCCGGAGAGGAAUCACCAUGUCACAAGUAGCAAUUGCCUGGUCUUUGAGUCAUCGCACAGAAAAUCCCAUCCUCGGCUUGAACAGUAAAGACCGCAUUGACGAAGCUGUGGCUGCGAUCGGUGUCCGACUAACAGAGGACGAGAAGCGGUACUUGGAGGAGCUAUACAUACCUAAAAGCAUUCAUCCGUCAGAGAGAUGA